AUAAUGAAUUUCAGUCAAUCUGGGAUGAUUGAACAUUCAUACUUCUGUUAUGAGUCUGUGAAUAUAUCUUGUCCAAAGAUCACCUACCCAACAGCGAUACGGAUUCCACUAUAUAUUUUCUUCAUGACCGUCAUUGUUCUCACCAUGUGUGGAAACCUCCUUGUCAUCAUUUCCAUUACUCAUUUCAAACAGCUACAGACUCCAACCAACUACCUCAUCCUCUCUCUGGCAGUGACAGACUUUCUUCUGGCAAUAGUCAUCAUGCCCCCUAGCAUGGUGCGCACGAUUGAGACAUGCUGGUACUUGGGAGACACACUCUGUAAAAUCCAUUCAAGUACAGAUGUAAUGCUAUCCAAUGUUUCCAUUUUAAAUCUUUCUUUCAUUUCCAUUGAUCGAUAUUAUGCAGUUUGUCAGCCACUACAUUACCGGACCAAGAUCACCACUUGUACUGCAUUGAUCAUGAUCCUGAUUAGUUGGAACCUAUCAUUCAUCAUUGGGUUUGGAAUGAUAUUUAUGAAACUGAACAUUUUGGGUAUUGAAGAUUUUUACUACAAUAACUUUCAUUGUUUUGGAGGCUGUUUCAUUUUCCAGAGCAAGACAUCUGCUAUUAUAGCUUCAGUCCUAUCUUUUUACAUACCAGGGUUCAUUAUGGUUACCAUAUAUCAGAAAAUCUUACACAUUGCACUGAAGCAAGCCCGCUCAAUUCACAGCACUGCAUGUCAGCACGUAGAACCUGGAAACACCAUGUCUUCAAGCAAAAUGGAGCGAAAGGCUACAAAGACCCUGGCCAUUGUUAUGGGGGUAUUCCUGUCAUGCUGGUUACCGUUUUUUGUGUGUAACAUAAUCGACCCACUGAUCAAUUAUUCUAUUCCACCUGUUUUGUUUGAUACACUUGUCUGGAUUGGCUAUUUAAAUUCAACAAGUAAUCCUAUUGUUUAUGCUUUCUUUUACAGUUGGUUUAGAAAAGCUUUCAAAAUGAUCAUUUUUGGCAAAAUAUUUCAAGCCCAUUCCUCAAGAGCAAAACUGUCCACAGAAUGA